CACUCGGCCCGCUCGGGGCCGCCCCGGCGAGGAGCGGGCGAGUCGCGAUCGCCGUGGCCGCGAUACCGCGUGGAGUCAGGGGCUCGGGAGGAGAGGCGAGAACAGCUCCUGGGCUGUGGCUCCGUCCCCGACAAUCCGGACGCCAGACGCCUCCCUGGACCAUCCCCUAGAUGCUCAGGAAGGGGUGGGAUGCGGACAGCACGCCCCAUGGCCCAGCUCCAUCAGCACGCUCCACCCCCUCGAGUGGCGCUACAAGUAGGACAGAGAGAUCAGAGCAGACACACAGGAAACACAAACCCAGACUGGUCUGGAAAGAAAAUCAUCAAGACAAUACAGAAGAGAAAAAGCAAAAAGAUAAUUUGAGAUUUGGACCUGAUGUGGAAAACACUCAAAAUGAAAGGCAAACUCCCAUGUCUCCUUCUGCUGGUGGGAGCAAUCAUGACUGCCCAGUGCCAGGGCUUACACAUGCGUUUCAAACGAGGAGCCAGAUCUAGAGCCAUUUGCACAGAUAAUUCAUCUGCAGAAAUUUACCAACACAGGGGGACCUGGCUGAGGCUUUCAGGGAGCAGAAUAGAAUACUGUAGGUGCGACAGUGGUCGGAGUCGCUGUCACACUGUGCCUGUCAGAGUCUGCACUAGAAAUAAAUGCUACAAUGGGGGCCAAUGUUCACAGGCAUAUUAUUCCCCACAGCUCUUCAUCUGCCAGUGCCACCAAGGUUUCUCAGGGAAGCAGUGUGAAAUAGAUACUGAAGUGAAAUGCUACAAAGACACUGGAGUAACAUAUAGGGGUACCUGGAGCAUGACAGAGAGUGGAACUGAAUGUUUAAAUUGGAAUAGUGAUGGCUUGGUGAACUGGAUGUACAGUGGCCAAAGAGAGGAUGCUGCUGAGCUGGGAUUGGGCAAUCACAACUAUUGCAGAAACCCAGAUGAGGAUUCCAGACCUUGGUGCUAUAUCUACAAAGGGGGAAGGUACACCUGGGAACACUGCAGUGUGCCUUCCUGUUCAAAAGUUAGGAACAUCAACUGCAGAUCUGGAAGAGGCACAGAUUACCGCGGCAGCCACAGUGUUACCAGUUCUGGAGCUACCUGUUUGAAGUGGAAUUCUCGAAUCCUUGUCAACAAGCUAUAUACUGCUUGGAGAAGAGAUGCCUACCAGCUGGACCUUGGUAGUCACAAUUUCUGCAGGAAUCCUGAUAAUGACAGCAAGCCCUGGUGCCAUGUCCUGAAAGGAAAUCAGCUCACGUGGGAGUACUGCAAUGUGCCUACUUGCUCCACCUGUGGCUUACGGCAGCGCAGAGCACGCCAGUACAGGAUUAAAGGUGGUUCCUACGCAGAUAUUGCGGUUCACCCAUGGCAAGCUGCCAUCUUUGUUAGGUAUCACCGAGUACCUGGAGAGCACUUCCUCUGUGGAGGAAUUCUGAUCAGCUCCUGCUGGGUUUUGUCAGCUGCUCACUGUUUUGAGGAAGGCUUUAGUACAAAUCAGCUGAAGAUUGUGCUGGGUAGGACUUCCCGAGCAACUCCCGAGGAAAAUGAACAGAAGUUUCAAGUGAAGAACUACACUGUGCAUCAGAGAUUUGACUCAGAAAAUUUCAACAAUGAUAUUGCUCUGUUGCAGUUGAACUCAGAAGCAGAUGACUGUGCUGUUGAAACAGGCACUGUCCGCACAGCCUGCCUCCCCACGCCAGAGCUGCAGCUGCCUGACUGGACUGAAUGUGAGAUCUCUGGUUAUGGCAGAAACGAAGAAUUUUCUCCAUUCUAUUCAGAGCACCUGAAGGAAGGCCAUGUCAGAUUGUUCCCAGCCAGUCGGUGCACGGCACAGUAUCUAGACAACCGGACAGUUACAGAAAAUAUGCUAUGUGCAGGAGACACAAGGAACCUUGAUGAUGCCUGCAAGGGCGACUCUGGAGGGCCUCUGGUCUGUAUGAAGGAUGAUCGUAUGUAUGUGAUUGGAAUCAUCAGCUGGGGAAUAGGCUGUGGCCGCAAAGACAUACCUGGUGUUUAUACAAAUGUGACUCGUUAUCUUGACUGGAUUCAGGACACCAUGAAACUCUGAGAAUGAAAAAUGAACCCUUUCCAAUCUUGCAACCAUGCCCUCACAGCUUCCUUCUGGGUGCUUUAAGUGUGCUGACAGGGCUUCCUGUUUGUCCAGAUGCUUAUGACUUCUAGUACAACAGGAAGACAAACUGCAAUGUGUGGGAAGGGCAUGUUCUCAUAAUACUCUCCCUAUUACAGGUUAUUAGAAGCUAAUCAUCCUUUUCCCCAACAUCACCAAACUUUCAUCUUGCAUCAAAGCACAUAAGUACAAUAAAAAAUUAUUUUUGGCCCCGAGUGAAUAAACUGAGAGAGAUCCUGCAUCUCUUUAGCAGCUAAAUUGUUUUAGGAAUGGGUGUGAAGUGAAGGGGACAUUUAAUUUCCUGAAAGCUUCAUCUCCCUUACUUGGCUGUACAACUGGAAGAUGUUAAGCUCUGUCCUUAUACCAUCUGACUUUGCUAAUUUAAGCUGGUUUCAAUAAAAGCUGGUUCCCAAUAGAAAAAACAAAAGCUGUAGGCAUGGGCUGCUUAUUUCCAGAUCAAUAUACUACUUACGUCUUCAGUUUGGAACCGAUUAAUAAACUGAGUUUGAGCUUAAACUCUCUGAGCAAAUU